UCCAACUUAAUGGAAAUGCCUACUAUUACCGCGAGUGACGAUAACAUCAUCCCGGCCAUUAAAUCUGGUCCUUUUCCUGAUUGCGGCACCGCCGUUUGCUUCCUCGAGUCCUCUCACCACUUGUCAGUCACUUUCCUUUCGCUCUCCACCAUCGCUUCCGCGACCAUGGCCAAGCAUCUAAUCUCGGCGGUCACGGCCGUACUGGCGGUGGCGUGCGUCCUCCCGUCGCUCUCUGUCGCCGCGCGCAACGUCGCCGGCGGUAAGCAAGGGUUCGUCGUCCAGGGCCGCGUCUUCUGCGACACCUGCCGCGCUGGGUUUGAGACGCCAAUGUCGACCUACACAAAAGGUGCAAAGGUGAGGAUCGAGUGUCGAUCCAAAGCCACUGGUGCCAAGACAUGCAAUUUCGAGGGCACGACUGACCACACAGGUACCUAUAACAUUCUAGUUGCAGACGAGCAUGAACACGAGAUCUGCGAAUCUAUGCUUGUUAGCAGUCCAGAAAGUAGAUGCAAGACCCCACUCCAGGGUCGUGAGAGGGCUCGUGUGUUCCUCAGCCACAACAAUGGCAUUGCCUCCGACACCAGAUACGCAAACUCGCUGGGCUUCCAGACGGACACUCCCUUGUCGGUCUGCGCCGAGCUGCUCAAGACCUAUGAACAAUAUGAAGUUUAACCAUCUGGUACUGUCUGCAAAGGAUGCCCUUUGUAUUGGUAUUAUGUGACAUUUACUGUGUUCUCUAAAACUGCUUGUGGCUAUCUAUAGCAUUUGCUAUCUGCUUUCAUUUCUGAUA